CCUAUUUAAAUGAACCCCAGAACUAAAUAAGUUCAUAUUUCUUUACUAGGUCUAAGAAGCAGCAUGAUUACUAAAGUAGUUUUGAUUUGUCUCCUGGUUAAUAUAUGCUACGGUUGGGGGGAUCCAAGUGAUGCUGAACCGUUCAAACCCUACUGGAACCCUGUGUACAGCUGGAUAUACUCAGAUAUUAGAUGUCAACCCUACUAUCUCCAGCAUACAGAUAGAUACUAUUGUACAGAUCAGGGGGAAGUCAGAUGUGUAAAUGGCUGGUCUGGGAAGAACUGUGAUGAACCAGUUUGUAUAAACGGAUGUGAGAAUGGGAAAUGUGUUGCUCCAGAUAUUUGCAGGUGUGAUAUGGGAUACCAAGGAAACUCCUGUCAACGUUGUAUAAUACACCCAGGUUGCCAGCAUGGGACAUGUGAGGAAGCCUUUGAUUGUAAUUGCAAGGAGGGUUGGGUGGGUUUGGAUUGCAGCAUUGCAAUCUGUUCACCAGGAUGUAGUUCAACUUUUGGAAGCUGUGAUUUUCCUGGAGAUUGUAAUUGUAAACAUGGAAGUGGAUAUACAGGAGAAAACUGUACAGAAUGCACUACGUUAGAAGGAUGUAAGAACGGAUACUGUAAUGAACCUGGAGAAUGUAUUUGUCAGGAAGGAUAUUCUGGUGAACUAUGUGAUAUUCCAGUCUGUAGAGACGGAUGUGAUCCAUUGAAUGGUUACUGCGAAAAUCCGUACGAAUGCAUCUGUACUUUGGGUUAUGCCGGGUACACAUGUACUGAAUGUGUACCCUAUCCAGAAUGUGAGCAUGGUACAUGCAUUCUUCCUUGGCAAUGCAACUGCGAAACGGGGUUCACAGGACUUUAUUGCAAUGAAACUUUGACAUAAGAGAAAACAGUUAGCAUUAUGGUGCAGCACAUGAAUUUGAUACUGAUGAGAAUUUAUUAAUUUAACAAAUAAAAUUUCAAAAUGAUAA